AUGAUCGGAAGCUGCAACCUGGGCCGGGCCUGGCCGGGCUGGGCGGGGCCUGAGAGCGGGCGGAGGCAGGGCCUGGGGCCUGGGCCCGGCUUUGGAGCUGGAUGCGCGAUCGGGGGGCACAGAAAUCGGGACACCGGGGCCAGGCCAUCAAGGGGUCUCCCGGAGUAUGCUGCUUGCCAGUCACACGCAUUUAUGAAGGGCAUUGGCACGUUUGUGUUAGGUACCAGUGCUGCAUUUGUUAUGCAGAGGCUGCUGAAUAAGAAGCUCCCUUUCCCAGUGCAGUGGAAUGUGUUGCUGUCAGUAGUGACAGGGUCGUUGUUGAGUUAUUCAGUGACGCGUGUGGAGACACGGAAGUGCUCAAACCUGUGGGUUUACCUUGAGACUGGAGCAAUGGCACAUAACCCUGAGAAAGGUACAAAGAAUCAGAAGACUGACUCUGUGGAAAACAUUGACACUGGAGGAAAGAAAACUCAGUAUGGGGAUAUCAUGGAUUAAACACUGCAUGGAGUCAUGUAUUUCACUUUAUUGAAGCACUGUUCAGGAGUAAAAAAUGUUCCCUGCACUACA